GCUGCGGCCGCCUGUUCUGUAGAAAGUGUAUGCAGCCUGUUUCUGAGAUGCCCAAGUUUUGUAAGUUGUGUUUCCACGCAAUCAGCAGCAGCCACGUGGAGCUCGCUGACGGGCAAGCGAGCUCGGUGCCCGAUUCGCCCUUGUCGAGAAUUCGCAAUUCGAGGGUUGCCCAUUUGGCUGAACUGUCUAGCUUCUCUUCUCCUCGCUCCUCCAGGAGUGAUGAAGAAGAAGAUGGUAAUGAUAGUGGAAAGAACUUCUUCAGUCCUCCAAGUGAGCAGGUGUCUCAGGAUGUAUCUGACGUAGAUUCGGUUAGUAUUAGUACCGGUCUCGAGUUACAUAGUUUUAAAUCUGUGUAUUCUAGUCUUUUGGAUAGUCCUAGUAUAGGUGGUGAGACUACAGGAGAUAACAGUCCUUUAGAUCGAGAAGCUCCUAGCUACUUUAGAAAAGCUGGAGCUGAGACUGAGGAUUUGUUGGAGGGCUCCCAUGAUUCGGGGUAUGAUAGACUCUCAGUAUACAGAAAUCACGCUAGUCAAAAGGUUCAAAACCUGUUGGAUUUUGAGAACAAUAAGCAUAUUUGGGAUCCUCCGUUGCCUGAGGAUGAGAACGAUGAUAUGGAAACCGGGUUCUUUGGAUAUGAUGAUGAGGAUGAAAAUGCCGGUGAUUGUGACAAUGUUUUCUCUUCUGGUAGCUUUAGUAAUCGAUCUUUGGGUAUAAGAGAGAGGCCUAGUGAUGCACAUAAAGAACAAUUGAGGAAUGCAGUUCAUGGGCAUUUUAGAGCGCUCGUUUGUCAGUUAUUGAGAGGAGAAGGGCUUCAAGUUGGAAGUGAAGAUGGUAACAAAGGAUGGUUAGAUAUUGUUUCUUUGUUGGCUUGGGAAGCUGCGACUUUCGUCAAGCCAGAUACCAGCAAAGGUAGCAGCAUGGAUCCCGGUAAUUAUGUGAAGGUGAAGUGUAUACUUUCAGGAAGUCCGAGUGAUAGCAUUCUUGUGAAGGGAGUAGUUUGUACGAAAAAUAUCAAGCACAAGCGAAUGGUUUCUCAGCAUAAAAACCCGAGAUUGUUUCUUCUUGGGGGAGCAUUGGAAUACCAAAGAGUUACCAAUAAGCUGGCAUCUUUAAAUACUGUACUGGAACAGGAAACUGAUCACCUUAAGGUAUCCUUAUCGAAAAUAGAGGCCCAUCGGCCUAACGUUCUGCUUGUAGAAAAGAGUGUAUCCUCAUAUGCUCAAGAGUAUCUACUGACAAAGGAAAUAUCACUGGUGUUGAAUGUGAAGAGGAAACUUUUAGAGCGAAUAGCCCAAUGCACAGGUUCCCAUAUUGCUCCAUCCAUUGAUAAUAUUGCUCCAGCAAGAUUGGGAUAUUGUGACAAUUUUCGGGUAGAGAAGUUUUAUGAAGAAUGUUCAUCUACAAGCCAUCCAAAUAGGAAAUUCAUGAAAACCCUCAUGUUCUUCGAAGGUUGUCCACGUCGAUUAGGAUGCACGGUUCUUCUACGUGGCACAAAUCGCGAAGAAUUAAAGAAGGUUAAGCAUGUCGUUCAAUAUGCAAGCUUUGCAGCCUAUCAUCUAUCACGUGAGACAUCCUUCCUCGCUGAUGAAGGCGCUACACUUCCUAAGGUUCCCGUCAGCCCUCAAAUGAUCUUAACAACAAAGAUAUUGGAUGCCGAGACUAGAUCUUUGAAGAAUUCAACUUCAAUUGUCCCUGAGGCACGCCAAAUUAGCUCAUGCACUAGUGAUGCAGUUAGUUGCUUCCUUCAAUGCUCAGAUGUUCCAUCUCCUCGUGGAGAUAUAAGCACUAGCGACAGUUUUCAGUUAAAAAGGGAAACUUGUGAACCUUUAGAUUUUCCUACUGAUCUAGGAGAUCCUAAAGAAGUGAUUACGAGUACGAUUGCAAAAGGAAGAAACAGUGAGCUUUAUAAGGAACUUAUGUCAGAUAAUGAAGGGAUGAUAAAGGGAGCAUAUAUUGAAAAUGAGGCUGCAGACUACUUCUCUUCUGCUGACAGUCAAAGCAUCUUGGUUUCCUUAUCUACUACUUGUGUGCUAAAAGACACUGUUUCUGAACCCUCUCAACUCUUGAGAAUUAAAUUCUAUGGAAGUUCCGAUAAGCCCCUAGGGACAUUUCUCCGUGAUGACUUAUUUGAUCAGACAUCUUGCUGUCAAUCUUGUAAAGAACCAGCAGAAGCCCAUGUUCGGUGUUAUACUCAUCAACAUGGCAGCCUUACCAUAAGUGUUCGUCGACACCCUUCCAUCAAGCUACCGGGAGAACGAGAUGGAAGGAUAUGGAUGUGGCAUCGAUGUCUCAAGUGCGAAAACAGUAAUGGGGUCCCACCUGCUGCUUGUAGAGUUGUCAUGUCCGAUGCAGCGUGGAGCCUUUCUUUUGGGAAAUUUUUGGAGCUUAGCUUUUCGAAUCAUGCUACAGCUAAUCGUGUUGCAAGUUGUGGCCAUUCUCUCCAAAAGGACUGCCUUCGUUUUUAUGGGUGUGGAAGCAUGGUUGCCUUUCUCCGUUAUUCCCCUGUCAAUAUUCUUUCCGUUCAAUUGCCGCCUUUGGUGCUUGAUUUUGCUUGCCAAAGCCAGCAAGAGUUGGCUAAAAGAGAGGCAGUUUCUAUUGCAAGCAAAAUCGAACUCCUACAUGCAGAGGUCAAGGAUGUACUCCACACCUUUGAGAAAAAGAAUACAACCUCCAAGUGUGAAGCUGUAAAGACAAGCAUCCACAAGUACAUUAUGGAGCUUAAGGAUCUGCUGGAGAGGGAAAGAAAUGAAUAUGAUGUAUUUCUACAGCCAUCUCCCAUGGAUGAUAGCUCACCCUCUCUGGAAACAAUAGAUAUACUAGAGCUAAAUCGUUUAAGGAGAUUCCUCCUAAUUGAUUCUCAUAUGUGGGACCGACGACUCUGCCUCUUGGAUUCUUUUUCCAAGUCAAAAACCUCUACCUCCAAACUUAACCCACUAGAAUGGAGGACUGAGCCAAUUGAUAUUGAUGAGAAUUUUAAAAAGUUUUCCGAAGGAUCCAUAUCAAAGCCCAGGAAUUUGUCUAAGCUUCAGGAAGAGCUCGACUUGUGUCUUUUAGAGUGUCAUUCGAACAACUCAGUUGAAACUGACUGGUCGAUUGAAUCCGUUGAGGGCUAUAAUGGUCCUGCAUACAGUUUUGUUUCUGAUCAUUAUUGCAGAGGAGAUGAUGACAUGCAAACCACUAACGAAAAUUGCCCUGAAAUUACUUCGUUGCAGAGAUUACCAUCAGCUGCUUCCACUUUGUCUGAUAAGAUUGAUUCCUUAUGGAGUGGUAACCCUGAUUCUGAUGCGAUUGGAUCCAUAACUCUGUUGGAUAAUCCACUCUAUAGAAAGGCGAUUUCUCCUCUGAGAGUUAAUUCGUUUGAUUCGGCUUUGAGAUCACAGGACAGAAUUCGUAGAGGACCUUCUGCUUCAUUGCAUUUGACUUCAGUGAGAUCAUUUGAUGCAUCGGGAGACUUUGCCAGUACCAAUAUUUCUCAAAGAUCUCCAAGGUCCAAGAGAGUAAACUUCCUUCCGGGUGAUGCCCCCGUCUUUAUAUCCUCAAUCUAUAAUAUGGUGGGUGAGGGGGCCCGUUUGCUACUCCCUCAAACUGGACGUGAUGAUUUAGUGAUUGUGCUCUAUGACAAUGAGCCCACCACCAUUAUAUCCUAUGCUAUUAGUUCCCAGGAUCAUGCUGAUUUCUUAACAUCAGAUCAUCAAGUGAGCCACGAAAGUUCUGCUAGGCCAUCAAUUUCUCAGUUUCAGUCGGACGAGGCAACUCACUUCAGGAUUUCUUUUGAUGAUGACUCGUCAAUUCCUAAUGACAGAGUGAAGUUUUCUGUGACAUGUUAUUUUGCUAAGCAGUUUGCUGCACUUCGGAAGAAGUGUUGUCCCAAUGAAGCUGAUUUCUUGCGUUCUCUAAGCCGCUGCAAGAGAUGGAAUGCACGAGGGGGUAAAAGCAAUGUAUACUUUGCUAAGUCACUUGAUGAGAGGUUUAUCAUAAAGCAGGUCACAAAGACGGAGUUGGAUUCUUUCGAGGUAUUUGCUGCUGAAUACUUCAAGUAUAUGACAGAAUCAAUAAAUAGUGGAAGUCCAACCUGCCUUGCUAAAGUCCUUGGUAUUUACCAGGUGACUGUUAGGCAUUUAAAAGGUGGACGAGAGGUGAAGAUGGAUAUGAUGGUGAUGGAGAAUCUCUUCUUUGGGAGGAGUUUAUCAAAAGUCUAUGAUCUCAAAGGCUCAUUGCGUGCUCGGUACAAUCCUGAUACCUCUGGAAAUGACAGUGUUCUGUUAGACCUGAAUCUGUUAGAAUCAGUAAGAACAAAGCCGAUAUUUCUUGGAAGCAAGGCAAAGAGAAGAUUGGAACGAGCUAUCUGGAAUGAUACAUCAUUUCUUGCGUCUGUUGAUGUCAUGGACUAUUCAUUACUUGUUGGCAUCGAUGAUGAAAGGAAAGAACUCGUUAUAGGAAUCAUCGAUUUCAUGAGGCAGUACACAUGGGACAAGCAUCUCGAAACUUGGGUGAAAGCUUCAGGCAUCCUCGGAGGCCCCAAGAACGAAUCCCCAACCGUGGUAUCUCCAUUACAGUACAAAAAGAGAUUCAGAAAAGCAAUGUCGAAAUAUUUCCUCACUGUUCCUGAUCAGUGAUUCAUCCUUAUCUGCAAAUUACAAAAUUCUUAAAGGUAAAGAGUAGUGAACAUAACAGGCAGCAAAUUUUUUUUACAGGUUUUCUUUUGCCCAUCCCGCGCCCCGCCCGAUUAUAAUGUUAUCGGACUGCUCAUUGUAUAUGGGAUCAGACCCUAGACAUCAAGCUUUUGAAUUGCAAUGUCUAGGCCAUCGGACUUGUAGAGUUUGAUCCCAUUGCCUUCUUACGGUAUUUACUUUUUUUUUCCCUUCAUGAUUGCAUUUUAUAUUGGACAUACUGUACGGCAUUGAUGCACCGAGCAUUGAAUUAAUUUAUGGCUAUGGAGAUUUUUGUUUUGUUCUUC